AGUACUUCACAUUCAGGGCCAUCUUUGGUCGUCAUCGCCGGUGUGGCAGAAAUAUUCUGCUGGUCGUUUGUAUGCUUAAAGACUAAUAAAUAAGACUUGACUUUAAACAUAGCCUUUGAAACGCCGGCGGUCUAUAAAAGGAGCCACGCAUUUUUUUUUCUUGUGGACUCACUGGCUUUAUUUUCCUUCGACAGCCUUCAUUUAUCCAGGCAGGAAAAAAAAGAGGGCGAGACGGGAGAGGCUCUGAUCCAACAUGGACGAGGAAUAUGAUGUGAUCGUUUUGGGCACCGGACUCACGGAAUGCAUUCUGUCAGGGAUCAUGUCUGUGAAUGGAAAAAAGGUUCUUCACAUGGACAGGAAUUCCUACUAUGGUGGAGAAAGUGCUUCCAUUACACCUCUGGAAGAGCUGUACAAGCGCUUUGAACUCCCAGGUGAGCCACCACAAUCAAUGGGCAGAGGAAGAGACUGGAACGUUGACCUCAUCCCCAAGUUUCUCAUGGCCAAUGGUCAGCUUGUGAAGAUGCUGCUCUACACAGAAGUGACACGAUAUCUGGACUUUAAAGUAGUGGAGGGAAGUUAUGUCUACAAAGGAGGAAAGAUCUUCAAAGUGCCAUCAACUGAGACGGAGGCAUUAGCCUCAAAUUUGAUGGGAAUGUUUGAAAAGCGACGGUUUCGGAAGUUUUUAGUCUUUGUUACCAACUUUGAUGAAAAUGACCCCAAGACCUGGGAAGGUGUGGACCCCAAAGUCACAACAAUGAGAGACGUUUAUAAGAAAUUCGACCUCGGCCAAGAUAUCAUUGACUUCACUGGCCAUGCUCUGGCCCUUUACAGGACAGAUGACUACCUUGAUGUUCCGUGUUUGGAGACGAUCAAUCGUAUCAAAUUGUAUAGUGAAUCUUUGGCACGGUAUGGAAAGAGUCCAUACCUCUACCCGUUGUACGGGCUGGGAGAGCUACCACAGGGAUUUGCCAGGUUGAGUGCCAUCUACGGCGGGACCUACAUGCUAAACAAACCAGUUGAUGAAAUUGUGGUGGAAGGUGGGCGUGUGGUUGGAGUCAAGUCUGAGGGCGAGGUGGCUCGUUGUAAGCAGCUCAUCUGUGACCCCAGUUAUAUCCAGGACCGCGUGCGUAAGGUGGGUCAGGUGAUCCGUGUGAUCUGCAUCCUAAACCACCCCAUCAAAAGCACGUCUGAUGCAAACUCAUGCCAGAUCAUUAUCCCUCAGAAGCAAGUUAACCGCCAGUCUGACAUCUACGUGUGCAUGAUCUCAUUCGCUCACAAUGUGGCAGCCCAGGGGAAAUACAUUGCCAUAGUCAGCACCACAGUGGAAACGGCUAACCCAGAGGCCGAGAUCGAGCCGGCCCUCGAGCUGCUGGAGCCCAUCGAGCAAAAGUUUGUGGCUAUUAGUGACCUUUAUGAGGCAACAGAUGACGGCACUGAGAGCCAGAUCUUUGCCUCAAGAUCCUAUGAUGCCACCACUCACUUCGAGACCACCUGCCACGACAUCAAGGACAUCUACAAACGUAUGACUGGGAGCGACUUUGACUUUGAGAACAUGAAACGCAAACAGAAUGACGUGUUUGGGGAGGAUCAGCAGCAACAGGAGUAGAUGGGCUUCGGAGAGAGGGCGGG